UGGUGAACAAGAAGUCGAGCAGCCCCUGCUACUUUCGACCAAGUUUCGCUCUGAGUUCAUCAGACCAAUUUCAAACGAACUUGAUCGGAUGUUCAGACAAACUGUGGUCCAAGGCUUUGCUGACAACAGUAUCAAGUAUCUUAAAGCACGUAUGGCUUCUCUGGCCCGUGUCUCGAGAGGUUGGCCCUUGGAAAACUGGUUUCGAGCAUAUGUUUUAUCUUGGCUUCGUAACGAACAGGUGGACGCCCAACAUCAAGAGCAGUACGCAGCUUUAGCCCAAGAUGUGCGGAACCAAGUGCGGUCCUGGUUAGUGCAGCAGCGAAAGAACCUUCGCAAGAAUCCUGUUGAGCUCAACGACGAGCGAAUCGACUUGCUCCUCAAGAGAGCAGCAACAGUACCAGCUAAUUUCCCCAUACGUGAAGAUCUCCCGGAGUAUAUCUACUCUCGUAUUUGGCACAUACCACUAAGAAGCAAUGAAAAAAUGGAGUCUGUAAUCAAUUUGUCGAAAUGUUUAAAGGUUGCUGAAUCGCUCGCACAAGAAGCCACGGAAGAAAAUCGACAAGCUUUGGAGACGUUUAUCACUGAGGAACGCCUGUUUUUACAAAAAGUGACAGGUCGCCUAAUUGGAGUUCGGCUAGCUGACCAAGAUCAAGAUCAAGGGCCUUUAGACAUAUUUGACUGUUUGGUGAUCAAGCGUCCUCGUGAUGAUCGAUCUCAAGUCGUUGCUGCUGGUCAACAGGAUCAACCUCCUUCGUCGCCACCGCAAGCUGGACCGUCACACCCUGCCCCUCCAGUGACGAGAUCCGCGUCAAAAAAGGCUGGUGGUCUCAAGCGUACCAUUGAAGAAAUCCAGCGUGAUACUGCACUUGAUAAUGCAGUCGAAACUGAUGACGACAGCGCUGAAGAAGAUCCGAGUGGCGGUAGCAAUCGUGGUAACAACGGCGACAGCAACGGCGCCGACGAUGACCCAGUACCCGUUGUGGCUUCAAGUAGCCAAACUCAUCAUCUUCUUUCGAUGCAAAAUGCCAUGCUCGAGCGUUUACCUGACACUUUAUCAUUCGCUGCGUGCCCUUCUGCUGCAACCAAGACAAUCCCCGUACAACUUCCAUCAACGUUUAUUCGUAACAUAUUUGACCACCUUGAAUAUUUUGCUGCGCCGAUAUACAUGAAUCUGCAUGCGCUUAUGGGAGCAGAAACAAACAUUGACAACAGGGCUCGACUGCAAGCUGCGAGAGACAGUGUGAAUGAUGCUCGUGUACGAUUGCAAGAGGGAUAUCGCAGAUAUUUUAAUUUACAAGAAGAAGAAAAGAUCCAAUAUGCAAGAGACCACCAUGGCCAGCAGAAUCGUCGGGCUGUCCGUUCCAAUGACCCAUAUUCUUUCCUUGUUGAUUUGGGGCAUGGUACUACCAAGUUGCAAGACGGUGCUUUAAGGACAAAACAGCGUGGAUACGAAAAGUUUAUCAAUGAGACCCUCGAGGGUGCCGUAGAACCUGGUACACCGCGGUUUACGUUGCGUAUGAUCAGAACAGACGGCGUGCAACUGUUUGCGAACAUGACCGACUGGUCCAAACCUGGCUCAAGAGGCGGUUCUGGAACUACUACUUUGCGUUACCUGCCAGAAAUCAGGAAGAUGCUUGCACGUGCUGAAGCAAAUGGUAGGUAGUCGUAACAUAGGAGAAAUGCCGUAUCGACAUGAAGUUAAUCAGUAAAAUAAUUCUUAAACGUAUUAGCUCCAGAAGGUGAACGAGGAGUAGGGGAAUAUGACGGUGCCAUUGGCCUUGAUCUAGGUGAAACGUUGUUUGCGUAGGAAAAAGAAAAUGACAAAUGAUGAGAGCGUUGUGCGUAAAAGUAUGAACGAGAUUAUGCAACGCUUGUGUCUUUUAUUAAUACAUGCUGUGACAAGAAUUUAUCAGUCCGUGGGUGUGCCUCGUAUAUCAGUCAUGUGAUGUAAAUUGAUUUGAUAUAUUGCACCUUGCCGUUUCUUCUCGC